GUUCGUUCAGUGUAGCUCCAACUGCUUCGCGGUGAAGUAUUUUGUCUGCAGCCGCGUUGGUGAAUCUGUUACGGGAGUGACGACGGUGUGGCGCCAUUCGGAGCCAUCACUAGUUCCGCCAACCACAUCCAUGCAAAGCUCUCAUAUUUAUAAUUGUGAACUUCAAUUGCGUCAGACGCAGAAAUAAAAUCGAAUAAAACUGUGUGAUUUGUGACUUUUUCGUGGGCAGGUCGCCACAUUGAUUCCACACCAGACAUUCCACCAAACCAAUUACUCCAUCCGGAUUAAAAUUGCCCCCAUCGCGCAGUGGCUGUGCUAUAAAUUUUUUCAAGUUUAAAUACAAAAAAAAGAGUUUUAGCUGCUCUGCAUAAAUAUUUAUAUUAAAUGAACUGCAAGUGGUUCGGGCACGAGGAAAGAUCAUAAUCUUAACACCUUUGUUGUGUGUUACAUAUUAUAAAAGAAAGUACGCACCCGUGGAUGUUCUGUUAGAACCGAAGAUAUACCCGCCGAAAGCCACUCACAAUCUUAUCAGGAGUUUCUAAAAAAAAAAAGGAAGUUAAACCCAUCGAUUGAUAAUAAAUUUAACAUAUUACGCACCUCUGCAAAAGGAACAAAAAAGUCGUAAAGAGCUGGUCGUGCCCGUUACACACAGAGAGCGGUGAGAUGUCGGAGUAUUUUGAGUUUCAAUGGGAUAUGAGAUCCAAAAUAAGUGAUGUGCGCGUAGGUGGGAAUAAGAAGUACUACAAUGUCUGCAAUGAGCCCACCGAAUGGAAUCAGGCACUUUUCCGCAUAAAGGAGCUCAUUGGUGCCAGUAUGGACUAUGCCCUGAAGGAUAAGUCCUGCUACCAUGACAACGAUUUCCUCCUGCGCUUCCUCUUUGCGCGCAAAUUCGACGUGGAUGAGGCAUUUAGGCUCAUUGUGCGGUACUUUGCCUACCUACAGAAGAAUCAAGCUAUUUUCCAAAGAUUAUCCGUCUUCGAUGAGAGUGUCCAGCUGGCGCUGCGUGAUGGCUUCCCGGGUAUACUUCCAGAGAGAGAUCGACGUGGACGCAAAGUUUUGGUAUUUUUCACAGCAAAUUGGGAUCCAGCACUGUAUUCCCUGCUCACCGUCUACCGCGCAAUGUUGCUGUCGCUGGAAAAAUUGCUGGAAGAUAAGCAAAAUCAGGCUAAUGGAUUUGUUGCCAUUGUCGAUUGGAGUAAUCUCACACUACAAAAGUCUUCCCACCUCAAUCCAAAGAUACUCAAACUCAUGAUCGAGGGUCUACAGGACUGCUUUCCAGUUCAAUUCAAAGCCAUCCACUUUAUCGGGCAGACGUGGUACUUGGAAGCUGCGAUGGCUGUGAUUCGACAGUUCCUCAAGGAGAAAACACGCUCACGCAUAAAGUUGCACAGUAAUUUAUCAACACUGCACGAGUGCAUUGCACGGGAUGUCCUGCCAACGGAAUUGGGCGGGGAGGCGCCCCCCUUCAACCCACUCGAAUGGUAUCACACCCUCCUGGCAUCGAGUCAGGAAAACACCAACAUCUCCCAACCGCGCUCCUACUACAUCACCCAAGCCACAGUGUACUCCACACCACCCCCAAGUUGCAUCAAAAAUGGCAAUUCAGUGGCCAAAAAGGGCGCCAACGAUCCCGCGCGGAAUUCCCUUUUGAGUCUCGACGACGACCUCUGAGAGGCUACGCAAAUCACGCGAUGUUGUCCACAAAGAUGAGAAAAAAAUUGACUGAAUUUGUGAGAAUUUUUUUUUUAUAAAGAAAACGUAUUUUUUAUACAAUAAAAUUACUUUAGUGUU